GGACGUGUCACUGUGACACUCAAAGAGCCUGCGACGUAUUCCCCUCAACUCCCUGCAGCCAGGUCGGCGCUCGAGACAUGUGUCAGGCGGGGUGGUUUGGUCAGUACUGUCAGAAACGUGAGUACACACUGGAAACAUUGCUCUAAGAAGCCCGACCAAUCAGAGCAGCACAUACGUAGGAGGCAGUACCUAUUUUACCUCCGAUCUUGGCGUGGAUGGCAAUGCUAACACAAACUUCAAUAGUCUGCCGUAUACCUGUACACACACACGCUAUGAUCAACCCGCAAUAUGGAGGGUUUACCUGAAUACCUCCGACACAGACAAGGUGCAGCAUAUCAGACUGUAUUUAAGGCCAGACCAACUGGCACGAAACGGAGGCAUGGAGAUAUUUGUGGACAAUCGGCUGUGCUUCAGUUGGGAUGCAUCCUCUCGCCCUCUAGAGAGACAAGACGUCAUCUGCUCCCAGCCUCUGACAGGACACACAGUGUCCAUACAGAUACCCAUAGGUUAUCUAACGCUAUGCGAAGUACAGAUAUUUGUUUGCAGUGACGGAUGGUUUGCUGGCGACUGUGACUUCCAAUGCAACUGUCUGGACACCACAGAGGUCUGUGACAAGAUUACAGGGGACUGUCCCAGCGGAUGUGCCUUAGGAUUUAACGGCACAGACUGCUUGUCCCCCUGCCAAAGUGAUACCUAUGGGUUCAAUUGUACCUCCGUGUGUGGAAACUGCCUGGAUGAUGAUAUCUGUGACAGGACAACCGGAGCAUGUCCAGGAGGAUGUAGCGCAGGAUGGGAUGAUUACAGAUGCAUACGACCAUGUUGGGACGGCUUCUACGGUGUCAACUGCUCCUCCCGAUGUGGGCAGUGUCUGGAUGGAGACGGCUGUGACAAGGUGACGGGGACGUGUCCUAGAGGAUGUGCAGCGGGGUGGAUUAACGACAAUACCUGUCUACAAGGUGAUCAGCAUGACGUCUGUGAAACAGAGGGUGUUCAUGACUUUGAUGUUAUCUAUUAGUCUGUGUGGGCCAAA